GCAAGCUGCAGAGGCUCGUUGUUUGGGCGCGUGAGGAAGCAUGGCCCUUGCGGGCCACCAUCCCGGAAGUGGAAUUUAGAGGAAGCAACUAUUAGGUUGCUGGGGUAUCUUAAGUUCCCGAGAUGCUAGGUAAGGCUUCACAGAGCAUUUUGUGGUUUGUGUUGGCCAGAACCGACUGAGUGUUUUUUUUACUUCAUUUGAAAGAAUUGGCUUCUCUGCUGAGCCCGACCUGUUUGUGGUGGGGCAGAAGGUGGUUCGGCUAAAUGAGUCCAUCUGAGAAAGCCCUUCUGCUCUCUUCCUCCGUGGCGGCCUUAGGAGUGAACUGAUGCUUUAGCGGCUUAUCAUGGCCCAGCGAGCAGUGUGGCUCAUAAGCCACGAACCGGGAAAUCCACUUUGUGGCACCGUGAGAUUCUCCAGACGGUAUCCAACUGUUGAAAAACGAGCCAGAGUCUUCAAUGGAGCCAGUUAUGUGCCUGUUCCUGAAGAUGGUCCCUUUCUUAAAUCACUUCUCUUCGAACUUAGACUAUUAGAUGAAGAUAAGGACUUCGUGGAGAGUCGUGAUAGCUGUUCUCACAUCAAUAAAACAUCCGUUUAUGGACUUAAAGUAGGAGGUGAAGAACUCUGGCCAGUUGUUGCUUUUCUGAAGAAUGGCAUAGUAUAUGCUUGUGUUCCACUAGUUGAACAAACUUUGUCCCCUCGUCCACCAUUAAUUAGUAUUAGUGCAAUUUCACAAGGCUUUGAACUUCUUUUUGGGGUACAGGAUUUUCUUUACUCAAGUCAAAAAAAUGACACUGAUCUAAAUACAAAACUGAGCCAAUUGCCUGACUUGCUUCUACAGGCUUGCCCAUUUGGAACUGUGUUAGAUGCCAACUUACAGAAUUCAUUGGAUAGUAUUAAUUUUGCUUCUGUGUCUCAUCCACAAAAACAACCUGCCUGGAAACCUGGAACAUACAAAGGAAAACCACAAGUUUCUAUUUCUAUCACUGAAAAGGUGAAAUCUAUGCAAUAUGAUAAACAGGAUAUAGCAGAUACAUGGCAAGUAAUUGGAUCUGUCACCUGCAAGUGUGAUUUAGAAGGAAUCAUGCCGAAUGUUACCAUCAGCUUGAGUCUCCCCACCAAUGGAUCUCCACUUCAGGAUAUUCUAGUUCAUCCUUGUGUGACUUCUCUUGACUCUGCCAUUCUGACUUCUAGCAGCAUUGAUGCAAUGGAUGAUUCUGCAUUUAGUGGACCUUACAAAUUUCCAUUCACUCCACCUUUAGAGUCAUUCAACUUAUGCUACUACACUUCCCAGGUUCCUGUCCCACCAAUUUUGGGCUUUUAUCAAAUGAAAGAGGAAGGAAUACAACUAAAAAUAACAGCUAAUUUAAAACUUCAUGAAAGUGUGAAAAACAAUUUUGAAUUCUGUGAAGCUCAUAUACCAUUUUUCAAUAGAGGCCCAAUCACACAUGUGGAAUACAAAGUUAGUUUCGGCCAGCUCGAAGUAGUUCGAGAGAAAAGCUUAUUGAUCUGGAUUAUUGGACAGAAAUUCCCAAAAUCAAUGGAAAUUAGUCUUUCUGGAACUGUAACUUUUGGAUCCAAGAACCACGAGAAGCAGCCGUUUGACCAUAUUUGCAUUGGAGGUACAGCAUAUUUAAAGCUUCGUUUUAGGAUCUUAGAUUACACACUUACUGGGUGUUAUGCAGAUCAGCAUUCUGUUCAAGUUUUUGCAUCAGGAAAACCAAAAAUAAGUACAUACCGGAAACUAAUUUCUUCUGACUAUUACAUAUGGAAUUCUAAAGCCCCUGCUCCAAUAACAUAUGGAUCAUUAUUACUAUAAUUAUCUUAUGCCUAAAUGGGAUUUAUGCAAUAGUAACAUAGCCUACAUUAAAUAAUAGUCUUUAAUUUUAAUGUAUAUGUAUAUAACCUGUGAGAAAUCAUUGAAUGAUUUAAUUAUUAAAAAUGCUCAUUUGAUGUUUUUAGUCUGACAUAGUUUGAAAAAAAAUUUUAAAGAUUAAUGUCUCCAAUUUUGUUUCCCUUUGAUUUUACUCAAUAUGAUUCAGAGCAUAAACCAGCAGGGAUUCACCUCAGGCUUAUUUUAGACUGGUCCUGGGUCAGCCUGCCACGUGUUCCUUCCUGCACCUGUGGCAGACAUGGCUAAUCAAUCACAGCCCCCUCUCUCCACUGAGAUUUCUAGAUACAGGCUCAGGCUCAGGCUCCUCCUCAGUGCAGAGCUGCAGGCAGCUACUCCUGAUGGAUUAUAGAUGAUACGCAAGAUAAAAAAAUUAUUUGCUCUUCCAGACCUGAAUACUAAUCUCCUAGUACAUUGUGUUGGUACAAAAUACCAGAGACCAUAUUAGAAACAACGGUAAAUCUCUUGAAAAAACAGCCAAUGAAAACAAAGGAAAUUUGUCUAAAUAGUAACCUGUUCUUAAACAGAACUAUCUAAUUGACUUAUAAAGAAUCGGCAUAAUUCUAUUUAAGGUAUUUAUCUCUGUUCUAGAGUUACUUUUCAAGUAAGCUUAUCAAUCUGCCACAGUAACAAUUUGCUUAGGGUGUCAGUAAGAGUAGUAAGAGGGAUGGUAUAUCUUCAGAAGAUGAACAUAGUGUUUUGUGAUCACUUAAUGUGAGCGGCCAAUUUUUCAAGAUAAAUUUAGUGUAAUAGUGCUUUUUUCAUGUUUUAUUAUUAUUAAAUUCACUAAUGAAUGAAUUUAGGUAAAGAGUCAUGUAGCAUAUUUUCUUUAAAUUUGUCAUUCUUACUCUCUUAUUAGCAUUCUCUUGUAUUCCUCAGGAUCUAGUCAUACUCUUUAUUCUUUUUACCUGUCUUGACAAUUAUGUCUUAUUCUUUUUCCAAAGUAGUUCAUUGUCAAGUUGGACUUUAAGUGACCAUUCAAGAAAAGAUGAAAUCUGAAGAUCCUCAAAACUCGUUUAUUUUUACAGAACAGAAUUAGAAAUGUUAAUAAAAAAAUAUACAUUACAGAUUAGUAUUCAAUUAAAUUAUAUCUUGGUUUCUAUUUUUCAAUGAACCUCCAAUGGAAAAACUUAGAAAAAGCUCCAAAGACCUUGAAAGAGAGUUUGAAGGAAUAUUGUAUAUAAAUUGAAGAUUUGAAAUAUGAUUUUUAAAUUAAAGUCAAUCCUACUCAUUAUAAACUUUUAUUUUCUACAAGGCAUUAUCAUGACAUAAUGUUCUCCAUUCAAAAUUAUCCCAAGUAACAAAAGAAAUAGAAUAACUGCCUGACCAGGACUUUAACUUAUUAUUCUAGCUUAAUCAUAGAUAAUCAGUAGUAAAAACCUUUCUUUUGAAAGAAUAAAAAAAUUAUUACCCUUAAGUUAUUUGAUCUCUCUUAAACUCAAUGAAAGCUUAACAUUUAGCUUACGUUAAUAUUAAUGGAGGCAUAUAUCUAGUGAGUAGGCAGAGAUUUGGUAUAAUAAUUCCCUAGGGAAAUCUUUCUUUAUAAGCAAUCAGCAAAACCUUUGAUUUGACAUUUCUAGAAACCUGAGGAAAAUCUAGGGAGUAUGGAAAGGAGUAUGGGCAUGGGCAACCCGAUGCCAACUGUUGCCAUUCCGCCAUAACAUUACAUUGCAGAACUAAAGCCAGCCCAUGUUUUCAUCCUGUUAAGAUCAGCUGGGCACAUUGCGAUGCUUUUGAUUUUGUCUAGAAACCUGUCAGUUCAGGAUAGUUUUCUAAAGACAAAGUCUGUUUCCCGUUUGGUAGGUGACCUGUUUAAUGUUUUCCCUGUGUCUGGGAACUCCUUAGUGUAAUUAGUGACCUUUGAACUCCACAACUAAUCCUGAGCUAUUUUGUAUUCCUUACUCAUCUUUAAGGCUGGACCUUUCUUUUCUUGAGAGUCCGCUGCCACAAUUAAAGAAGAAACAGCUGCAUUUCAAAGGGAUUCCGAUUCCAGAAGCUUAAUCGUGAUUGACAUGCUCUUAUUCUAAGCUAUAAGACACUCUAAGAGUCCUUUCUUGGGUUGAAACUUCAAUCAUUUUCUAAAAAAUUAUCUCACUGUGGAUUUUAUUCAUUUUCUUUGAUAACUAUUCUUUGCAUUUUUUAACUUGAAAGAUGCUUUGUAUUUGCAGUAAAUAUGAGCACCUACUUCCACAGAUUUGGAUGAUGUCACACCUACUCUAGAUGGAAAAUUGCUAAAUUCCCUUUUAGUGCCAAAAUAUGAUUAUGAAAUAUGUCUAUCAUAUAGGUAAUUAUUCUUCAGUGGACCAAAAUGUACAAAAAUGUGUUACAUUUCUGAAAAAGUGCCGCAGAAAAGAUGGUUCAUGAUUGUGAUAAAACCCUUCUUUUCUAAACUAUUUUUAAAACUUUAAAGCCAGCAAUACCUUUACAAUGGUGGGCAUCUUUUUUAAAUAGUUGAUUAAAAUACCAGGUUUGAAGUAAAUAGCCAUGUCAGGAGUUCUUAAGAGAAUUUUUUGUUUAAAAAUAUUUUCUUGAUUAAACAUUAGUCUGACAAAAUUUAAGUUUUUUAACACCAACUAAAUAUGAGUUAAAUUAUUGUGAGCUUAUAUAUUGUAUGAAAGCACAAUUUUAUACAUAUUAACAACGACUCGUAUUUUUAUUAUAGUAUUUCAGACCACUUCAUAGACAUGCGUAGACAGACUCCUGCACCACCCCUGGGAGGUAGGUAGGUUGAGCUUUCACCCAGAGCCUCUGCAGGGACCGCUGCCACGGCCGAACAGUUGUUUCUAAGACAAAGGUCAGAAAAGGGAUGUUAAUAAACAGUCCUCAGGUUUAAGGGACUUUUUUAGGAUUACAUCUUAAAUUCCAACAAAUCAGAUUUAGGAGUUACUGAAAGUGAAAUUGAUCCAUCCCUCAUCCAAACUUUGCAAUACUUUCCUGUUCUGACAUCAUUUAGAUAGUUAGCUGUAUUAUCAGAUUAGAAACCAUUGUACCACGCUGCUGAAAGGAAAAGGAGGCAAAAAGCUAAACAUAGGAUGAAUUCUGAACCUUUUAACCUGGCUGAAGUGCGUUGGUCCCUGUUAUGCAAAUACCUUCAAUCCUCUGCUAAGUUCAGUGGAAAUAAUUUUCUUGAAUGACAGGUUUAUUCAGCAAGGAUUCAGUUGGUGAUUAAUCCCCCUUUGAUCUAGGGUAUUUCACUUAACUACCAGUUACCUCGUUCUGACAAAGUGCAACUGAGAUUAGGGAGAUCACUAGAACACUACCAGGGUGUGCAUUUAUUCUCUCUAACCUUUAAAGCAAGGGCCAAGAAUGCAAUUUAUUUUCAGUAUUUGAAGAUGUAAAGUCCUGUCUGCUAAGUUAGAAAGUCAAUUGAAUACCAAAUGAAGUUUAUUUCUUACGUAAUAGAACAAACAUUUCUUUUUGCUUUGCCUAACUGAUUUUAGGAAAAAUAGGCUUUGAAGAAAGAAGAAACAAAGACUACAUUUUAAGUAUAUUUUCUGGUUUUGUUGCAUGUACUGGAGUGUAUACUUAUUGGCCCCAAGAUAAGCCAAAAAUAAAAGAAGCAGCUACAAUUUAGGUUGAGAAAAAUGCUUCUGUUUUACUAAACUGCAUGAUUUCUUCCCACUCUCCUCCCAUUAAAAAAUGUCAUGCUAUGUGGUAAAUCCAAU